UUCUCUCUCUCUCUCUCUCUCUCUCUGUUCUUGGUUGUUCACCGUGAGAGUAAGCAGAGGACGGAGGCGAAGAGGAAGAUGGUUGGGGUCGAGAAAAGGGCUAUGGGUUCUUCUGCCCUCACGACGAAGCAAGCUGCUGAUCCGGGCAAGCGUAUAAGCUAUAAACGGAAGCGGGAAAUGAGUCAAAGGAAUGAUGAUUGCAGAGAAUAUAAGCCUUCGGUCAUGCAACGGGCAACCGAGGUUCAAGCAAAUUGCGCAGUUAAAUUCCCUAGCUUUGUUAAGUCUAUGCUCCCAUCACAUGUUACUGGUGGGUUUUGGCUGGGUCUUCCCAAAAAAUUCUGUGCCAUGCAUUUGCCGAAGCAUGAUGCAACUGUCGUUUUGGAAGAUGAGAGUAACAAAGAAUAUGAAACGAAAUAUCUCGUCGGAAAGACGGGAUUAAGCGGGGGAUGGAGAGGAUUUUCCAUUGCACACAAAUUACUAACUGAAGAUGUGUUGGUUUUCCAGUUGGUCAAGCCAACCAAAUUUAAGGUGUACAUUGUGAGAGCAAAAGGUUUAACCGAAGUAGAUGGAGCUCUUGGUCUUCUAAAUCUCGAUGAUCGUGUAAAGAAACUUGAUUUUGAGAAGGAUGUCAAGUUACAUAGAGAAGCUGAGGAAAAUUUCUGCAAGCCUCUUUCAUUAGGCAUUCCUCCAGACACCUUGAAAGUCGGCAGUCUGACGAUGCUAAAAUGUGGCCAAGGGCUUCUAGCAGAUCACUCUGAAAACGACAGUGAGGAUCUCAAGUCAGAGGUUUUGGAUGGAAUCAGAUUACUGGAUUCUGCUGUCGAUUUCAAAGAAGUGAAUAGUAUUGAGAAUUUCACCAUUCAUGUAAAUGGUUUGGUUAUUGACUCAGAGUUCUCGAAACACCUUCGAACAAAGUACUAUGAGCUCUGCUGCAGCCAGAAAUCUUUUCUUCAUGACCAUCUCCUUGAGGGUCUCAAUUGUAAGUUGGCUGCUGGAAUUAUCUCAGAGACAAUUAAUAUUGCAGAUGCCAUAAGAGCUUCCAAGCUUACCACCCCUCAAGACAGUUUUUCAAUUUGGGACAAGACUUUGAAGGCCUUCCAGGAGUUGGGCAUGAAAGUUGGAUUCCUGCAAACUCGGUUAGACCGGCUUUCACACAUUGCUUUUAAAUCCCAAGAGGCUGCAGAAUUAAAGAGGUAUAAAGAAGCCAAGCGCAAUCGUGUUCUUGCAGAAGAGGAGAUGAAAAUCUUGGAAGCAAGGCUUUUGGAAGUAAAUGAAAUAACAAAGACGCUUGAUUCUGAGAUUGAAGCUUUGAAGAUGAGUCCCAGUAGGCUUGAGUUCAAGUUCCAGGAAGAGGUCAACGCUCCUUGGUGA